AUGGCUUCCCACGCCCACGCCCACGCGCCGACGUCCGGAUCGAUGCUCGUGCUGCUCCCCGCGGCAUUGUAUGUGGCGAGCGUUGCGGGCUGGGCCUUCUUGGAGCUUUACGCGCAGUCCGGCUUCGAGCAUGGCGAGCGAAGGUACGACUGGUCCAUCGAGUCGCUCAGUGACCUGGGCGUCGACUACCGACAGGUCCAUCCCCUGAAACACUACAAUGUCACCUCGCAUCGCUUCGCAGCACAAAACUACAACUUCUUCCAAGCAGGCGCCAUCUUCGCUGUUGCCCAGCUCGUCCUCUUGUACGCCAGCCGUACGCGUGCCACGCAACACACUGCCACGCUCCGCACCUUCCGCUUCCUGCUGACCCUGUUGUUCGCUGCUGGCAUGCUCCUUCUGGGCUGCAUCCAUGGCGGCCCUCGCGAGAAGUUUUGGAAGAUCAUCGGAUGGCACUGGACCGGCUUGGCGCUGGUUUCCAUCGCGGGCAAUCUGAACUCCAUCCUCUCUGCCCUUGUCGCCACCCACUUGGGCCGCCACGAAAGUCCCACGGCCUUCAGAGCUCUCAGCCUUGGCUUGGGCAUGAGUGGUCUGUACAGCUUCUAUCGCUUCCUUGCCCUGCCCGAAUGGGAUUGGAAGACACCUGUUGGACUGUGGCAGCGCGGGUCAAUCUAUCCGGUGCUCGCCUGGGAGCUCCUCUCUGCCAUCAGCAUCAUUGUCUCCACCAGUCGAGGCGGCAGCUCGAAGCCAAAACGAGCGUGA